GAAUGUCGAAGGCGCGCGGCUUGGUUGAUGCGGCUUCUCGCUAACAUUCUUCGUCUUGCGGCAUGAACUACAGCCAUAUGCAGCUCGUGACCACGUCGACUACAGACGCUGGUGUCCUGCACCGGGUGAAGACAGCACUCACCCCAAUGACUCUUGACGCCAAGCUCGACCAACUCACCUCAGUCGCAGACCGCAUCGCUCUUGAAGUUGCAGGAUACAAGCAGCGCGUGGCCGACAUCGAAUGGGAUGCUAAGAACUACACCAACCUCAAUUUGUCGAAUUUGUUGCGGAAAAAGCAGUCUUGUCGAUUCAGCUUGGCGCGCGUCAAGCUCCACGUGGAAACCGCGCUCCACAAACGUGCAAUUGAAGUCCUCAAGUCGACCGACGAGACGUCGGCGCGAUGGAAAGACCGACUUCGCCGCGAUCUCAUAUACCGCACGCUAUUCUCCCAGGCAAAAUGGCUUCGAGCCGUGCUAUCUCACGUCAAGGCGAUCCCAACCUCUCAAAUGCGACGUGAAUCCGCCGACGAAGUAUUGCAGGCCGCCGUCGCCCCAGACCAGAAACUUCGACGCCUCUCACUUGACGAGUGCAACCAACAAGCUCUGCACUUUUCAUCGCUCACCCAUCUCCUCUCAUCUACUCCACCAACUGCCACACCCACAGACGAGCCUUGUAAAUCGUAUUUGGCAUUUGAGCUCUUCUUGACCGCAUCCCUCUUUCACAAGACAGACCUCGGCAUGGCGUUUGAGUCUCACUGCUGCAGCUCGCUCGCCUCUCUUUCCUCCACGACUUCCUUUCAUACCCUCGUUGGACAGGUAUCCCGCGCCCUGGCCGAUGAACACGACGUGCCUCUAUCCCAAGAACAGACAUUGCGUCGGCUUGUGCGGCAAAUGGUGUACGCUCGUCUCGGUGCUGCUUUCAUCACACCUAUGGCCGCUUCAUUGGAGCUAGACCAAGUGGCGUGGAAGUCGACGGUCACGGCUCGUGCGCGAUCGCGGGCGUUGAAGCACCUUCCCGAAGUGGGGCUGCCUGCGUCGCCUGGUUGGUUCACUCGCUCCAUCACUGCACUGGAAGCGAUGCCGACCUUUAUGCCGGAUCGCAUCGUCGACGGCUUCAUGAAGGUGAUGACUACACUGCAUGAAGACGUGGCAGGGACUCUCGGCCAACCUGCCGCAUCGAUGUCGGCUGACGUGAUUCUUCCCGUUUUGGUCGCCCUCGUCCUGCACUGCGACCUUCCCUGCCUCCAUCUCCAAACGUACGCCAUGGAGACGUUGGCGUUAAGUAACGGAUGCGACGGCGGCGAAGCUGCGUACUACGUGGCGCUGCUCCAGGCCGCCAUGGCCCAUUCCAAGUAGUUGGUUUCUAUUUAAUCUGUCCACGCCAUCCUCCCAUCAUUCCAAGGCGGUCCAGCGCAUUGUCUGCCAAAAGCUUGGGCAUUCCUGCCGUACGUGACUGACGACUCUUGACGGCGUAUUGUCGAUGUCACGGCAGUCGCAACGUCGGCGCCAACUCGCAUACCGAACCUACCAUACUCGUAGACACGGGUCCACACACAGCUUCUCCAAGAAAAUCGAUGGAGUGCAUGCAGUUGAACCAAGUGCAAUUUCCCCUGGAGGGACAAGCUUGCCGUGGGCAACGGCGCUCGUUUGCGGGCACGUGGCAUCAUCUUGUGUUGCGCACCCAUUCGUUUUCGCACGAUAUCCAAGUUACCACAAACAGCAGAGCAGGCACGGUUUAGAUAGAAAGACAAAGCAACUACGGGUCUUAAUGGUGGAACAAGCGCACGCCCGAAAACGUCAUCGUGAUGCCGUACUCGAGGCACGCUUGCUUGAUAUCGUCGUCACGGUUGCUUCCACCUGGUUGCGUGAUAAACGACACACCCAACUUGGCGGCGUGGUCGAUGCCAUCUCGGAACGGAAAGAACGCGUCCGACGCGAGCGAGACGCCCGUCAACUCGGCCACGAACGCGGCCUUCUCGGCAUCUGUCAACGGCUCUGGUACAACAUCGAAUUGGGCGUCGAACGCGGCUUUCUCGACAGGGGCCAUGUCCCCUUCGAUGUAACGGACGCGGGCAUUCACGCGCUCCUGGCGCUUCACGCUCGACUUGAACGCAAGCGACGCGACCUUGGGGUGUUGGCGAAGGUGCCACACGGCGACCUUGCGGCCGGCGAGCUUGACGCAGUCGACUCGGCUUUGUUGGCCAGCGCCGACGCCAAUCAUUUGACCGUCUUUGGCGUACCCGACCGAGUUGCUCUGCGUGUACUUGAGCGUGAUGGCAGCCAAGAUCAAGUCGCGUUGGGCAGCGUCCGUCAACGGCGCAACGAGCGUCUGAACAUCCGACACGUGCGAGUGGUUGAACAAGACAUCGUUGCGGCGCUGGGCAAACGUCAUGCCGUACACUUCGCGGUAUUCCAUCGUGGGAGGGACAAAGGUCGGGUCAGCCUCCAACACGAUGAACUUGCCGCCCUUCUUUUCCGACAAGAUGGCCAACGCGCCCGGCUCGUAGCCAGGGGCGAUGAUACCGUCCGACACUUCGCGCUUCAGCACUUUGGCUGUUGCUUCGUCUACAACGUCGCUGACAGCGACAAAGUCACCAAACGAGCUCAACGGGUCGGCGUUGCGGGCACGUAGGUACGCCACGGACAACGGCGUGAGCUCGAUGUUGCCGACUUCAUAAGCAGCCUUCAACUUAUCGUCCAACGGGACGUACACAGCGGCACCGGCGGGGCUCACGUGCUUGAACGAGGCGGCGGCAGGCAAGUUGAGCGCCUGGCGCACUUCGGCCACUAAUUGGUACGCGUUGGCAGCAUCCAACAGGUUAAUGUAACCGGGGGUGCAGUUCAAGACUUUGAAGGGCAGCUUGGCGCCGUUGAUCGUGCUGAUCGACGCAGGGUUUUGGUGUGGGUUGCAUCCGUACUUGAGCGUCAACGCAGGCGUAUAUGUUUGGGUUACGUCGUUGGAUUCUUGUCCCAAUUGCGCGUUGAACCACUUGGAGAUCUGCGUGUCGUAGUGCGCCGACAAUGUGAAUGCGGCGGCAGCGCACUUCUUGCGGAAGGCGAGAGUCGUGCCGGCGGCAUGGGCCUUCAUUUCCUCAAUCAAGGUCGAGUACUGCGAAGGGUUCGUGCAAAUGACGACGCUCGCGUGGUUCUUGGCCGACGAACGAAGCAUCGAAGGUCCACCGAUGUCGAUGUUUUCAAUGCACGUUUCAAAGUUGCCACCAGAUUUGACCGUUGCUUCGAAGGCGUACAAAUUGAGCACCAUCAAGUCGAUGUUCUUGAUGCCGUGGGCUGCCAUGUCCGCUUCGUGCUGCUUGUUGCCGCGCACACCCAGGAGACCACCGUGAAUCUUGGGGUGCAACGUCUUGACGCGGCCGUCCAUCAUUUCAGGGGACUCGGUGUACUCCGACACGUCGAUGACAGUCAACCCGGCAUCACGCAUGGCUUUCGCCGUGCCGCCGGUGGAGAGGAGUUCAAUGCCUUGGCCGGCCAGAAAGGCGGCCAAUUCAACCAGGCCAGUUUUGUCCGACACGGACAACAGCGCGCGGCGAAUGGGCACGACGUCCUUGACUUGGCUUGCGACCGCGGUGAUGAUGUGGGCCAUCCUCGGAUUGUUUGGAAAUGACGACGUGAUGAUGGACACUUCCAUCGAUCACUUGUCAGAUUUUAUAUAAUGUUCAUGUAGUAUUUAACAUUUUCUAAGCCAA